AUGGGUUCACUGUCCUUGCCAGGCUCUGCAUCAAUCGUCACAAAAGUCAAAGGGCCAAAAAGAAAAGCCAGAAAUACCAGCAUCUCCAAAGAGCAGUUCGAUCCAUUCGAUGGUCCAAAAUCUAAGAAAGAUUUUUUUAGAAAACAAACGGGAAAAGGGCAAACGUCGACCCCAUUCCCCGCCUUCUCCCCAUUCCCCGCCUUCUCCUUUCCUCUCUUUGCCUGUGAUUCCCCUCUCCCCCUGCCUUUCCCUUCCGCCGCUGCCCUGGUCACUGGGACGCCCAGCACCUCAUCUGGAGCAGACGCCAUCGACUCCCUUUCUCAUCUUCCCCUUUUCUCACUCUCUCUCAUUGUGUUUCCUCUCCCCCUCGGCCCUCCCUUCUCCCCCACCUUCUCCCUUUGUCGGUGCCCCAGUCGCCGGAACGCCCAAUACAUUAUCUGGAGCAGAUGCCAAGUUGUCACCGGAACCCCCUCUCUCGACCUCGGCAGAAGCAGACGACUGAAGCCUCCCGCUGUCAACUGCUGGAAGAAGCCGUCGGGGUUCACCACCCGACGUUCCCCUGAUUUUUGGCAUCUGCUCCUACAUUAUUUGGCGGACCUUCCCCACUGUCAUAAACAAGCCGCCGGAGUUCACCAUCCAAUGUUCCCCCAAUUUCUCGUGGCUAUGUUGGUGGAAACACGAAGUUGUAUAUGUUAAAUUUUGACAUACUUGUUGAUAUCUUUUUAUGUGGUCUUUGCCUUGUACGGGAGAUUAGUGGUGGAAGUUAAACAUUUGUGGCAUGUAUGGGUUCACAGUUUUUUUUGUGUUUUAUGCUUACACUAACAAUUACACUAGUUGAUAUCUUUUUUUGUGGUCUUUGCCUUGAGAUUGUCCAUACACAGUGAGUAUGUGAUAUAUCUACGUAGUUUGAUA